AGCAGUAGCUAGUUUAAUGCUGCCGGUCAACAAAUUAUUAUCAAAAAAGACCUGUGCUAGUUCGGAAGAAAGAUUUGGAGCACACAAUAAGAUUCCCGAGGGUGAUCGCCCUGAAAUAAAUCUGUGUACUAGAUAAUAGUUUUCUUUGUCACAGCACUUUGACAAAUCAACCGUGCAGAGAUGCUAACCGAAAACAGAAAACGUCAACGCUGUCAAGGCGAUGAAGAGGAUGGGCAGCUGAUGCCGCGAGCCAAAAGAUCAAGCACUGGUCACCUGCCUUCAGAGGUAGGCCGAGAUGCGUGGGAUUCCGAGUCUUCCAGCAGUGACAGCAGUGGGAUCAGUAGUCCUGAGCAUGUUGCAGGAGGGAGCAACAGCAGCAGUCAGUGUGCCGUAGAUAACAUGGGGGCCCUCAAUGCCCAUAGCCCCUGCAGUCCUCUUAACACGACCCAGUCCACGGAGCAGUCAGGUCCAAUGAGCCUCGUCUCCUACCACCAAAUCAACCGGGUCCUGAGAGAAGCCCACUUCCACAGCUUGCAAAGCAGGGGCCAAUCCAGAGACAGGUGAUCUACCCAGACCUGUUUGCCUCGAUUGGGCAUGAAAUGAUAUUACCAUCGGCCUGCUAAAGGUCCCUUACCAUUCCUCAGAAGACAGGGUCAGAGGUCAAAGACUUCAUUGAUUUCAUUUUCAUUCAACUCUGUCCCUCACUAUCUAGUUUUCUUUGCAUUUUAGAGCUCUCAUCAUACUGGUGUGUUUUUUGGAGAAAGAAAAAU